CGGCCCGCGCGGACGAGGCUCGGUCGGGCUGGGCAGCGCUGCGAGCGGCGGCCGGAGAGGGAGCCAUGGGCACGGUGCACGCCCGGAGCUUGGAGCCGCUUCCCCCUAGUGGGCCUGACUUUGGAGGAUUAGGAGAAGAAGCUGAAUUCAUUGAAGUCGAACCUGAAGCUAAACAGGAGAUUCUCGAGAACAAAGAUGUGGUCGUGCAGCAUGUCCACUUCGAUGGGCUGGGCAGGACGAAGGACGACAUCAUCAUGUACGAAAUCGGAGAUGUUUUCAAGGCUCGGAACCUGAUCGAGGUGAUGCGGAAGUCCCAUGAAGCCCGAGAAAAGCUGCUUCGUCUGGGGAUAUUUAGACAAGUGGAUGUUUUGAUCGACACGUGUCAAGGUGAUGAUGCGCUUCCAAAUGGGUUAGAUGUGACCUUCGAGGUCACGGAGCUGCGGAGACUGACGGGCAGUUACAACACCAUGGUCGGGAACAACGAGGGCAGCAUGGUUCUUGGCCUCAAACUGCCCAAUCUCUUGGGCCGGGCAGAAAAGGUGACUUUUCAAUUUUCCUAUGGAACCAAAGAAACUUCAUAUGGCCUCUCCUUCUUCAAACCACAGCCUGGACACUUCGAAAGAAAUUUCUCUGUAAACUUAUAUAAAGUUACUGGACAGUUCCCUUGGAGCUCUCUGCGCGAGACGGACAGAGGCGUGUCGGCCGAGUACAGCUUCCCCAUCUGGAAGACCAGCCACACCGUCAAGUGGGAGGGCGUGUGGCGAGAGCUGGGCUGCCUGGCGCGGACGGCGUCCUUUGCCGUCAGGAAGGAGAGCGGGCACUCCCUGAAGUCCUCUCUCUCGCACGCCAUGGUCGUCGACUCUCGGAACUCGUCCAUCUUACCCAGAAGAGGCGCUUUGCUGAAGGUGAACCAGGAGCUGGCGGGCUACACUGGGGGAGACGUGAGCUUCCUAAAAGAGGACUUUGAACUUCAGGUGAACAAGCAACUCGUGCUGGAUACGGUGUUUUCAGCGUCUCUCUGGGGCGGGAUGUUGGUGCCGGUCGGCGACAAGCCCUCGAGCAUCGCGGACAGGUUUUAUCUCGGGGGACCUACGAGCGUGCGGGGGUUCAGCAUGCACAGUGUCGGGCCGCAGAGUGAAGGAGACUACCUGGGCGGAGAGGCGUACUGGGCCGGUGGCCUGCACCUGUACACCCCGCUGCCCUUCCGGCCAGGCCGGGGCGGCUUCGGAGAGCUCUUCAGGACCCACUUCUUCCUCAACGCGGGCAACCUCUGCAACCUCAACUACGGGGAGGGCCCCAAAGCUCAUCUCCGCAAGCUGGCCGAGUGCAUCCGCUGGUCUUACGGUGCCGGGAUCGUCCUCAGGCUGGGCAACAUCGCCAGGCUGGAGCUCAACUACUGCAUCCCCAUGGGCGUGCAGAGCGGCGACAGGAUCUGCGAUGGCGUCCAGUUUGGAGCCGGGAUACGCUUCCUGUAGCCGACAGGCGCGGUGUCCUCUGCCCCUCGGGAGAAGCUCGGGGCUCGGCAGCAGCGAGUCCCACGGUGCCACACGCUUUCUCCAAGGCCUUGGAGGGCGUCCUGGUGGGAGCCUGGCAAUAAAUUUUAAAGACGGACGCCCGAUGCUGUGUGGGUGUGAUUG